CUCGGUUUCCACACGACCCUCCGCCCAGUCCACCAUGGGAACCAGCAGCGACAGCAUCGGCCAUGAGCGACUGGAGCCUGCCCUUGUCCGCGCCGCCUCAUGUGAUGAUGUUGAGGCUCUAGCCAAUGUUCUCGAGCGCGCGCGCGAUAAUGGUCAAUUCGGUCCUGCGUUUCUCCGCAUCGGAUUUCUGCGCGGUGUUGAGCAAGGCUCCAUCGCAGCCACUGAGUACCUUCUUCAAGCAGGUGCCGACCCUAAUGCACCCUCUUUCAACAAAAAGCCCCCAGCACUACUUCGCGCGAUCCAUCGAGAACGCUACCGAAUUGUUCGGCUUCUUCUUGACCAUGGUGCCUCGCUCGAAAUCGUCGACGAGAAUGGCCGCACGCCACUAAUGACCGCCGCAUGGAGAGGCAUGAUCGACAUUCUAUUUCUAUUGAUCGCACGGGGCGCCAAUAUCAAUGCUAGAGACUUCAGAAGGCGCAAUAACGGCUGCAAGGCGAACGAGCAGGAUAAUCUCGGUCGUACGCCGUUACACUGA